AUGGAUGCCGGUGACCUUCAGGUUUUACGUUUACAUGAAAACCCACAGUAUUUAAAGCCAUGUGUCGAACUAAUCAACGAUGAGUGGCCACGUAGUGAGACAGCUCGGAUGAUGUCGCUUCAAGCAUCAUGCGACAAUUUACCAACGAGUUUAAUUCUCGUUAAUGAUAAAAAGCACCUUCUGGGACAUUGUAAAUUGACUCCAAUACCCAGCAUACCAGAAAGCUGUUUUAUAGAAACUGUAGUUAUAAGUAAAUCAAUGAGAGGCAAAAAACUGGGCAGCUUCCUAAUGAGACAAGUUGAAGAGUAUUGUAAAAAUGUGUUAAAAUUAAAAAUGCUUCAUUUAUCAACAAAAGGGCAGGAAAAUUUCUACGCCAAAUUGGGUUAUGAUAUUUGCCCUCCAGUGUCAAUAUAUGGAACCCGUAUUUUAAAUAGCGAACCUGUAGAUAUCAGUAUUAAGAUUCAUAAUCCAGUGCCAGUAACAAAUAGUGUCCUAUCUGGACCGCCACCUCCACCACCCCCACCGAUGCCAAGACUCGAGAGUUUGGUGCAGAGCAGUACUCUUAAGUCUACAAAGACUUUCAUGUUCAAAUAUUUGUAA